AUGCCUGGCAACAUCAUUCCAGAGCUGGCUGACGUGUCGUCGCCGAGUGAGGCUCGCACCCGUCUCGCAAAGCCUUUGGAAUACAGCGGUCUAUUGGAUUCAUACCAGAGCUCGGAUUUGACUCCUGUGAUUGGUCGUGAAUACUAUGGGCUCCAAGUGGCAGACGUGCUUGCUGCAAAGAACAGUGAUGCUUUAAUCCGAGACAUUGCUGUUACUGUCUCUCAGCGUGGUGUAGUCUUCUUGCGUAGCCAGGAUGUUACGCCGCAGCAGAUGCAAGCAUUCAUGGAACGUCUGACAACUCUAUCAGGUUGUCCUGAAUCAUCUGGCCUUCACGUCCACCCUUUGACCGAAGAGGGCAGUGAGUUGGGCGACCAGAUCAGCGUGAUCAGCUCGGAGAAGCAGAAGAAGGGCGGUGGUCUCACCCAUCAGCUCAGUGAUACUACCCGCUUUGCUAGUGCCGGAUGGCACUCAGACAUUACCUUUGAGCCAGUGCCCUCAGACUAUGCUAUGCUCAAGAUCCACACGCUACCACAGACCGGCGGCGAUACACUUUGGGCGUCAGGCUAUGAGGUCUACGAUCGCCUCUCGCCUGCUUUGGCACAGUUCCUCGAGGGACUCACAGCAACCCAUGAGGCAAAAUUCUUCCAUGAAGAAGCUGCAAGGCUCGGCAACCCACUUCGCACAACGAUCCGAGGCUCUCCUCUCAACCAAGGACCAUCGUUGGAGGCUGUACAUCCCAUCAUUCGAACCAACCCAGUGACAGGAUGGAAGAGCGUCUACGUGAAUCGUGGCUUCACGCGUCGUAUCAAUGGCGUUACCAAAGACGAAUCUGACAUGUUGCUCCAGUAUCUUUUCAACCUUGUAACGCAAAACCACGAUGCACAAGUCCGUUUCAAGUGGAACAAGAAUGAUCUUGCGAUUUGGGAUAACAGAUCUACCUGGCACACAGCAACGUACGAUUACGAAGCUGCAAGAGCGGGUGACCGUGUUUGCUCGUUGGGCGAGAAGCCGUUCCUUGACCCUGCUUCAAGUAGUAGAAGAGAUGCGCUGCGCUUUUCGUAG